AUGAGCAAGAUGCUGCUUUGGGCGGGUCUAUUUCUGCUGCUGCAUGUUCAGCUGGGUUCUACUUACAAACUGGUUUGUUACUUUACAAACUGGUCACAGUAUCGGCCUGACCAGGGAAAGUAUGUGCCAGGGAAUAUCGACCCGCAGCUCUGCACACAUCUCGUAUAUGCCUUCGCCACCAUGAAUGAGCAUAAGAUUGCGCCAUAUGAAUGGAAUGAUGAUGUCUUAUACAAACAGUUUAACGACCUAAAGCAGAAAAAUAAAAACCUGGUGACAUUAUUGGCAAUCGGUGGUUGGAACUUUGGAACACAGAAGUUCACAGAUAUGGUUGCUUCUUCUGGAAACCGGUCAAUUUUCAUUAAAUCUGUGAUUGCAUAUCUACGACAAAAUAAUUUUGAUGGAAUAGACCUUGAUUUUGAAUAUCCAGGAUCUCGAGGAAGUCCUCCAGAGGAUAAGCAGCGAUUUACUGUACUGAUACAGGAAAUGCUUGAUGCAUUUAAUGAAGAAGCAAGAUCCUCAGGUCUUCCUCGACUCCUAAUCACAGCAGCAGUGUCAGCAGGAAAAGGCACCAUCGAUGCUGGAUAUGAGAUAGCAAAGAUCGGACAAUUGCUGGAUUUUAUCAGUGUGAUGACUUAUGAUUUCCAUGGUGGAUGGGACACUCAAUCUGGACACAACAGCCCUCUGUGCAAAGGUUCCACUGACUACGGAGAGUUGCAAUACUUUAACAUUCAUUUUGCCAUGAAUUAUUGGAAAAACAACGGGGCCCCUGCAGAGAAACUCCUUCUUGGAUUCCCAACAUAUGGCCGAACAUUCAGAAACCCAAAUCCUAACAUGUGUGAUGUGGGGAUCCCCGUGUCUGGAGCAGGAUCAGCUGGGCCAUACACCAGAGAGGCUGGCUUCUGGGCCUACUAUGAGAUCUGCACUUGGCUUCCAGGGAGCACAGUGAAAUGGAUUCCAGACCAGAGAGUGCCAUAUGCUUGCAAAAGUAAUGAGUGGGUUGGAUUUGACAACCAAGAAAGUUAUGAAUGCAAGGUGAGGUUCUUAAAAGAAAGUGGGUUUGGUGGUGCCAUGGUUUGGGCCAUUGAUUUGGAUGAUUUCCAGGGGAGCUUUUGCAAUCAAGGAAGAUAUCCGUUGAUCAACCACCUGAAGUCCUUACUGGAAGGUUCAACUGUAAACUGCCCUGGAGAAAUAUGUGGUGGCAUUUCUAUACCAACUACUCCAAGUGCAACCACCACCACCACCACAACAACAGCCAAACCUGACGGCACUACACCAGAGCCUCCAGUGACUCCUCCACCUGUCCCUCCUGUCGAUGAUGUUGACUCCAACUUCUGUGCAGAGAAAACUGAUGGCCUUCAUGUAAAUCCACUAAAUACAAACAAAUUUUACAUUUGUGCAAAUGGACGUACCUAUUCAAUGAAAUGUGCAGAUGGCUUAGUAUUUCAGGCAAGUUGCAACUGUUGUAACUGGCCAUGA